UUAUUAAAUUUAAAUAACUGUUAGAAUUUUUUGCCAAUUAUAAUGGCAUCCCACAUUGAACUACUUUUCGGAUUUUUUGCUAUAGUUGCAAUAUUUCGUUAUGUCCAUGGCUACAAUUACUGUGAGGGAGAAGACGCUAAGAAACUAUGUAAAGGAAAUGUUACUCAUUUCAUGUGUGAUCCGGAUCAAAUCGGAAGAAAAGGUAAGUUUGUGAGUAACCCACCUUUAACAAGAUUGAUACGUGACCAGCUCCUCUUCUGUCACAAUACUGCUCGUAAUAAAAUCGCCAGUGGUUUAGUUGGAUUUCCGGCAGCGUCGCGCAUGCGAGACUUAAUAUGGGAUGAUGAAUUAGCAUAUAUCGCCACCAUUCAUACUCGGCAGUGCAUGAUCCAACAUGACAGAUGUCAUAACACUCAGCGUUUCAAAUAUUCCGGACAAAACUUAGCAUAUUGUGCCUCUUCAAAUAGAAUGACAAUAUCGGAAGUCAUAACUCAAGGCUGCGAUAGUUGGUUUGAUGAAAAUGCAUUGGUGACGGACAAGGAAAACUUUAAUGUAAAAUAUACGCCAGACAUGCAUGAGUUUGGACAUUUCAGUGUAAUGGUCAAUGAAAAGGUUUCUCGCCUUGGCUGUAACGUUGCUUAUUGCACAGAUGACAAAUUUCCGUAUCAAUACUAUCUGACUUGCAACUAUGACUACACUAACAUGAUAGAUCACAAAAUUUACGAAUCUGAUGAAAUUGGCAAUAGAUGUAAUGAAUAUGAAGCGGAAUUGGGUCUCAUUUUUUCACAUCUCUGCAGGAACAAUGGCAAGCUAUAUGAUUAUUAAAAAAAGGGGUAGUACACUGCGUCCUAAAAAAAAUCUAUUGUGCUAAGAUAUAUAAUUAAUAUAUAUAAUUUGAAUAUUUUUUAUUCUAGAAUAGUGAUGUUAUUAUCAUUCAUCAGCGUAGCAAUAAAUAUUCUAUUAUUAUUGCUCAUACAUCGUUAUUUUGUAGACUACAUGAUUUAUAAUAAAAUUA